AUCCAGAACGAAGGGUAGUCGUCCUGGUCGCCGCCGCCGGCGUCGUCACGAGCACCGUCGUUCGUGGUGAUGGUGGUGGUGGGGCUUGUUGUUCGUGGAGGAGGGGGAGAGGGGCAGUGGUUGUAGUUCAUCUGGAUUUUCGGAUCCCGUGAGGGAGGGAAGGAAGGAGUCGUAAUCCUCUCCCUUCCUUGCUAUUCUUAUUAUAACAUGUUAUUAGUUCUCUUUUUCCUUUUUUUUGUGUGUGUGUUUGGUCGGGAGAGGGAGAGAGUUGGGUAUCUGGAGGGUGGUGCACAAAUUGUUGUUUCUUCUGCUUCUUCGGCUGCUGCUUCUGUUUUCUCGUUUUCGUCUGCCUCGUCGUCGGCGUCGUCGGCGUCGUCUUCGUCUGCUGCAUCUUUCUUUCUUCGUUUUUUCUUCUGUGGUACAGUGCUGCUCCCUCCUCACGUGGUUGGGGUUUGGAGGUGGAGGUGGAGUUUGCUGACUCUCUCUCUCUCUUUGUGGAGAGCAGUGAGCUUAGGGUGGGGAGGAAAGAGACCUAGGGAGACCUGGAAGGGAGGGAUAGAUAGAUACUUAGGGAGAAGGUGAAGGGGACUGGUUUGGUGGACCGGCAGUGCGCCUCGAGGAGUGAUUUUUUUUUGUUCGGUAGCAGCAGAAGAAGAAGAAGCUGGCUGGCUGUGCUGGAGCGUGGUGGAGUCGCUUGUGUCGUGCUUGUAGUACGGGCAAGAUUGAAAUUGGUCAUUCCAGGGAAGAGAAGGUUGUUUACAAGACUUGUACGCUUCCCCGCAGUGAGUUUUGCUAGUCCGCGGCUUAACAAUCAAACAAUACUACGACCUUACUUCUGCCAGCAACAAUGCCUUUCAGAGAUCACAUUUUCCCACUUAGAGACUGCCUCGGUGCUCUAGCCAAAAUGUGGUCUAGUUUCUUUAAUCCUCAGAUGGCUUCAGGCGAAGAAUCUAUUUCCUUUGGUCACUACUUGGUGAAAGGUAAAUCAAGACAUGCUAUGGAAGAUUACCACGUUGCCGAGAUUCAGAAGGUGAAGGUGAAUGAGCAUGAACAUGAGCUUGGGUUAUUCGCAAUAUACGAUGGCCAUCUGGGACACAAUGUAGCUGAUUAUCUGCAGCAAAACCUCUUCACAAACAUAUUGAACGAGAGUGGUUUCUGGAGUGAUCCGAAGGCAGCCAUUGAAAACGCUUAUAAGAAAACAAAUGUUCUCAUUCUUGACCGUGCACCUGAUUUGGGUCCAGGCGGCUCAACAGCAGUUACAGCAAUUCUUAUUGAUAACGAUCGCUUGUUAGUUGCCAAUGUUGGGGAUUCUAGGGCCGUCAUACUCCAGUCAGGAAUUGUUCAACAGCUUUCUGUUGAUCACGAACCUGGAGCUACUGCUGAAAAAAGUAGUAUAGAAAGUAAAGGUGGUUUUGUUUCAAACAUGCCAGGAGAUGUUCCUAGAGUUGAUGGUCAACUUGCAGUUGCCCGGGCUUUUGGUGAUAAAAGUUUGAAGGAUCACUUGAGUGUUGAACCCGACAUCAAAGAAGUGCGGAUUACUGCCGAAACUGAGCUGCUCAUUCUUGCUAGUGAUGGCCUUUGGAAGGUAAUGGAUAACCAGGAGGCAGUGAACCUAGUGAGGAGAAUCAAGGACCCAACUGCCGCAGCGAAGCAGCUUGCCAACGAGGCAGUGAGCCGCAAGAGCAAGGACGACAUUUCAUGCAUCGUGGUCCGGUUCAAAUGAUUUAGUCGUCUUGGCCCCCUCGUGUAUAUUCCGAUCGUUUAUUGCUCUGCAAGGAUUUUCCCAGCUUCUUACAUUAUCACUUCCUAAAUCAUCACUUUCCAUUUCUUCGGUGGUACUCAUUUGCAAGUUGGUUUUUCUGGAGAAGGAUGUCUAUUUCACACCUUAGACUAUGCUGAACAAACUCCUCACAUUUUAUGUAAUUUCUUGUUUGGAUGACAUCUCCCACCAUUUUCUA